CCAGUGUGCGUCGCAACUCUGGUCAAAUAUUAGAAGAAAAAUACGUGAAAUUAAAUAUUGUUAAUUUAUAAUACUACUAGAUACAAUUAAAAAUAUCCGCUAAGCGCUUAGUUUGUGGAGCUCUACACCAAAAAUUCACUUGUGUGCGCGCAUCGAAAGGGCUGUCAAAGGUUUGUCUAUGUAUGUACGUUAGGACGUCGAACUCGCAACGACAACAACUAUAACAAGAAGAACCGAAAGAAAACCACAGCAACAAGCACAACCCAUAGGCAGACGGUAACGGGUGUUGCAACAAAAAGGAUAGCGCAUUCAAGUAUAGGACACGCACAUAUUCAAGCCAAACAUUUAGAUGGAAGCGACAGCAACUCUGGCCGGAGAGCCAGAGCUCCCGAGCACAUCGAGCGGAGCAAGCAAUACCACCAGCACAGCUACAAAUGAACAGAAUCAUCCCGACAACAUUGGCUGGAUCCAAUGCAAGAACGGAAAUCGGUUUACUGAUGAAGCACCAGCUACCGGCAACACAGACAUGGGAAGGCAAUGGCCAGCAGAUAACAACAACAGCGCCACCCUCGACGAGGGUCAACAGAACAGCUCACAAUUGCGUCAGCGUAACGUGGGAACAGCAUCGGGCAGCGGUGGAGAAGCAAUGAAUACAUCAACAUCGAGCACAGCGUAUUCAUUCACGGGCAGCGCUCUGGCCAGCGGUAAUAUAACCAAUAAGAAGGAGCAGAUAAAUGCUACAGAAAAUGUGAACGCCAGUAGCCCAGUUGAUGGCACAGCCACAGAUAGUGGCGAAAGGCAGGGUGAUGAUUCGCUAUACGAGUGCAACAUUUGCUUGGACACCGCCAAGGAUGCUGUGGUCAGCAUGUGUGGACAUCUGUUCUGCUGGCCAUGCCUGCAUCAAUGGCUCCAGACACGUCCCAAUCGCAAAUUGUGUCCCGUCUGCAAGGCAGCCGUCGACAAGGACAAGGUCAUACCGCUCUACGGACGCAACAGCACACGCCAGGAGGAUCCACGGAAAGGGGUUACCGGUAGCAACAAGGUGCCCCCACGACCCGCUGGUCAGCGCACAGAGCCCGAGCCAGCUCCUGGAUUCCCGGGCUUUGGUUUUGGCGAUGGCUUUCACAUGUCCUUUGGCAUUGGUGCUUUUCCAUUUGGCUUCUUCACAUCGUCGCUUAACUUUGGCGAGCCGCGCCCGGCUGCGGCCAAUCGUGGAACCACACAGUACGACGAUGAACAGACCCUAUCCAAGCUGUUUCUCUAUUUGGCCUUUCUAUGCAUCGCCUGGCUACUGUUCGCCUAGCAACUUCUGGGUUCCGCAACUGUUCCAACAUAAGAGCAACGCAGCAACAACAACAGCAACAUCCAAUGUCAGCAGCAGCGCAGCAACAAUAGAAGCAAACAAAACAGCAACUACAAACAACAUUUCGGGGGCAAUAUGGAUAACAACUAAGUAAAGUGAAUACGAAUGGAAAGCAACGGCAACAGUAACAGCAACAGCAACAAUAACGAUAGCAGUAACAGCAGCAGCAAAAGGCAACAAAAGCAACAUCAACUAAAAUUAUCAGCAAGCCCUCGUAUCCUUCAGCAGCAAAAAGCGGUAAAGAAGAGACGGAAAAACAGGCAACAACCGCAGAGCCGCAGAGCAGCAGCAAACAACGUCGUCAAUCAAAAAAUAACAUUAAAUAUUAACUCACGCAUAUAUAUAAAUAAUAUUUGAAUGAAUACAUCACGGAUCAUUGGAUAUCGUCGUUGGAUCUUUCUUUGUGAUUAUUCCUCAACUUGCGUUCAUUUUUCCUUUGUUUUAAACGGAAACGGAAACAAACCAACACCCAAGCAAAUUUUAAUAACUGCUUUAUAUUGUUAUAGUUAUAAAUUUUUAAUUUGUUGUGUAUUAUAAAUAGCUACAAUGUGGAAAGGAUUGUCAAAAUUUGUACUCGAUUUGAUAAACGCGGAGCAAGCCUAUCAUUAUUAUAAUCAGUCAACAAAGUUCGAACAUUUUCGGAAAAGUAACACGCAUAUAUAUAUAUAUUUAAAUUUGAUGUAUUUACAUGGCCGAAUCGAUCCUAAUCCUUUCUACCUUGUACUUUAGUCGCAACAGCGGAUAAACCUAAAUAUAAUUGUGUAAACGUACAUAACUAUAUAAAUAUAUACAAACAUAAUGUAACGAAUGUGGAAAAUAUAAAAAAGACAACCCAGCAUAUAA